AAAAGGCAGAGGGUGAGGUAGAAAAGGGUGAGGCAGAACGUAGCGAGAGUGAGAGAGGAGGCGAGGAGAAAAGGAAGCUCCUGAAAGCCGCGCGGAGAAAGAGUGAAGAGCAGAAGGAAGACUACAGGGGACCUGAGGCAUCCAGAGAGGAGCAGAGAACGAGAACCAUGGCGUCUGGCGGUUCUUCAGCCAGUGAGGAGGAGCGCAGCCUCCGGGAGUGCGAGCUCUACGUGCAGAAGCACAACAUUCAGGCCCUGCUGAAGGAUUCCAUUGUGCAGUUGUGCACUGCUCGGCCUGAGAGACCCAUGGCAUUCCUCAGGGAAUACUUUGAGAGGCUGGAGAAGGAGGAGGCUAAACAGAUUCAGAAUCUGCAGAAAGCAAGCACUCGUGGAGAUUCCAGGGAGGAUGAAAUCUCUCCUCCACCCCCCAAUCCAGUGGUUAAAGGCCGCAGGCGACGAGGUGCUAUCAGCGCUGAAGUCUACACUGAGGAAGAUGCUGCGUCAUAUGUUAGAAAGGUUAUACCAAAAGAUUAUAAGACAAUGGCUGCUUUAGCCAAGGCCAUUGAAAAGAAUGUGCUGUUUUCACACCUUGAUGAUAAUGAGAGAAGUGAUAUUUUUGAUGCCAUGUUUCCGGCUUCCUUUAUUGCUGGAGAGACUGUCAUUCAGCAAGGUGAUGAAGGGGAUAACUUCUAUGUGGUUGAUCAAGGAGAGAUGGAUGUCUAUGUUAACAAUGAAUGGGCAACCAGUGUUGGGGAAGGAGGGAGCUUUGGAGAACUUGCUUUGAUUUAUGGAACACCUAGAGCAGCCACUGUCAAAGCUAAGACAAAUGUGAAAUUGUGGGGUAUUGACCGAGACAGCUAUAGAAGAAUCCUUAUGGGAAGCACUCUGAGAAAGCGGAAGAUGUAUGAAGAGUUUCUUAGUAAAGUCUCUAUUCUAGAGUCUCUGGACAAAUGGGAACGUCUCACAGUAGCUGAUGCAUUGGAACCAGUCCAGUUUGAAGAUGGGCAAAAGAUUGUGGUGCAAGGAGAACCAGGGGAUGAGUUCUUUAUUAUUUUGGAGGGGACAGCUGCUGUGCUACAACGUAGGUCAGAAAAUGAAGAGUUUGUUGAAGUGGGAAGAUUGGGGCCUUCUGACUAUUUUGGCGAGAUAGCUCUGCUGAUGAAUCGUCCCCGUGCAGCCACGGUGGUGGCUCGUGGCCCUCUGAAGUGCGUUAAGCUGGACCGACCUCGAUUUGAACGUGUUCUUGGCCCGUGCUCAGACAUCCUCAAACGAAACAUCCAGCAGUACAACAGUUUCGUGUCACUGUCUGUCUGAAAUCUGCCACCUGUGCCUCCCUUUUCUCUUCUUCCCAGUCCGUGCUUCACUCUUGCAGACUGCUUUAUUUUCCCUAUUUGCAGCACUAUGUGGCCACUGGCAUCGCAGCUUCUUGUCUGUUUGUAUUAAAAGUUGCUUUUAUUGCACUGUUUUUAAUUUGGAGCAUUAACUGAAUGCUCAGACGCAGUUAAAUAAAUAGAGAGUUCUUCGGAGACUUCGCUGUUACUGCUUCUCUCUGUGCAGUGUUAGUGUUCAGCCUGGGCAGUGUGUGCUGUGCCGUUUGGUGAGGGCAGAUCCCGGCACCAAAUGCAUUACCAUGGAGUAAGGGUGUAACAGUGCGAGAUUUUUUAAGUGAUAUGAUUUUCCAGUUAUCAUAAAUAUAUUUUACACUGUGGUCAUAUAUGCCAUACUUGAUAGAAUACAUGAUUUCUCAUUAAGCUCUAAGGUUUAGGAAAAACGGAUAUAGAAUAACUUUAGAAAGCUAUCUGCCUGUAUUUAAACUAGAUUAAGGGUGGAAAAAUGCCCAUUUUUGCUAAUGAUCAGAUGGAUAUGAUCUGUUACUUUUUUUCCUCUUUAACCAGAUUUUUGUUUGUUAAGCUAAUUUGCCUGGUAUUGGUUAUAUCUUGUUUCUGCUCCAGUUCUGAAAUCCAUUUAGGGGUGGCUAUCUAUAGCUGCCUUUUAAGUUUGAAACGGAAUCAUAGGCUGCAAAUAUUGAUUAUGAUUUAACUACAUCUGCCUCAGCUCACAAAUUCUGAUUAGACCGUCAUUUAUCCAGCUAGUGCCAAAUACUGAUCAUCAGAUGCUGAAUUGAGAAUAAAAAUUUAAGGUCUACACUCUUGGUUGUUAACUUGGAGCUUUUGGUCAGUGUCCACCUUUCUGUGGACUCCAGGACAGUCUCCUGUGUGCAUUCAGCACUGACUCCAGGAGGCUGGAUUUGCCGGCAGCAGACAGACUGUAUGGAACAGACAUCAGGAAAAGGGAGGUGCUGUUGCUAAAGGGAGAAAUGCCGGGUGGACAGAGUUCAUCGCUGGGGACUCUGCUCCACUAAAUUCACUGGGGCAGGGGAUUUGGGAAGAAGUUUCCUACUUUGGUUUGACCUUUCCCCCCGCUUUUUUUGCAUCAGCUAGAAUUUAUGGUGGGUUGGGGGUGGGGUAGAAUGUGUCUGUGUUGUUUCAAAUUGGUCUAAAAGGCCACUCUGCUGAAAAGUUCUGCUUUCCUCUCUAGCAUUUAUUUCUCUGGCAGGCAUUUUGUUUUUCUAAAGUAAGCUUCUGUUCUGAGUCUUAACUGUAUCUCAGUAUUUUCCAGCCUUAUCAACCUUAUGUGUUACAUUAUUCCAUGUGCACCAAUGAUACCCAACAGUUUAUUUUUAUUAUGUUACUUUUUUAAACAAAAUAUCACAGUUCUGUAAUGUAGGCACUUUUAUUUUCAUUGUGAUUUCUGUGUAAUGUAGGGCUGUAGUUGGGAGUGACUUGCAAGCAUUUUUCCGUUUACGCACCUGGCUCUGAUUACUAAUCCCUUCUCCUACCCUUUCCCAGGUUAUUUAAAUUGGCCAUGGUAGAUUUUUUUCCAUAGAUUUGAACAGUUUUUUGGGUUGUUACUACUAAGUUUGGAGUAUAAAUCUGGGAAAGAGGUUUUAUCUACAUCUUAGUGUGGGAGAGAAAGCCACCUUAUUACACAUUUUUUAUGUUUAAAAAUAAUCUGUAUUAAAUGACAGUUUUCUGAUCUAUACUUUAUGUUUAGCUACCUUUUUAUAUUUAACAAAUUAAAAAUAAAAGUUAUAUUCCUGUUAGCAUAAAGCUUGAUUUGAUCUUUGUUUAAUGCCAAAACUGUACUUAAGUGAGUUAUUUAGAAUGCCAUAACUUGCGGUUUCAUAUAUGUACAUAAUCAUGUUCAUGUAUAUUUAGAUACAAACAAUGCUUCCUAAAUGAGUUUUGCUCUUAGGUCAUUUGGCUUGCUGUUUACUCCCUUUUGUAGUUUUUAAUCUACGAAAUUUUAAGGCUAAAUUUAAAAAUUAUCACAUUUAAAGCUUUAUCUUUGUGCAAUCUGAUUAUAUGUGAGAUAUCACUAUUGGCAUAAUUUGUCUUAGUUGAUAAUCAGGACUUUAGAAGUCAUCAUUUCUGGGCUUGCUAAGUGAAUUUCUCAGAUCUGUUGUUCUAGAAAGUAUAGGUGGCCAAAGGACCAUUUUGUAUUGUUGCCUGGUUACUAGUCUGAUUAUUCUGUGCGUGCUAACAUACUCUAUUCUUUUUGUUAUAGAUUGUCUUAAUGGUAGGUCAAGUAAUAAAAAAGAUUAAAUAAUUUAAAUUCUUAAA